GCCUCCCUCACUUCACACACCCACGAAGCCUAAAGAAAACACAUCCCACUAGGUUUCACCUACUACUUGUCAUGCAAAUGAUCGCUACACCUAUCAAUCUAUCUGUAAUUUACUAGCUUAGUUGAAGCUUCCUAUAAUCAUUACAUACACAGAUUGGUUGUUUUAGAGUCAGUGAGUUACCAUGAGGACGAUGAUAGACCUUGGGAACCAAAGAGGUCAUCCUCUCCAUAUAAACACAAUGGACAUGGCGAUGGCCACUUCCAUCGAUUGUGGCCGUGAAGUUCGCUUCCGACGAUCCAUAUGGUCCCUUGUCGAAUGCAUGGUCCCUUGCUUCGGCUUCCCGCCGUCGGUCCAGGUCUCUGGAAGCGACACGGACCAGUUGAGCACCCCGACUUCGCCUUCGACGUCGACCAUCACCGGGACCUUCUUCGGGUACAAGAAGGGUCGCGUGAGCUUCUGCCUGCACGAAGACACGCGGGGAUCCCCGAUCCUGCUGUUGGAGCUGGGGAUCCCGACAGCGUACCUGGCGAGGGAGAUGCAGCACGGGCUGAUGAGGAUAGCGUUGGAGUGCGAGAGGAGCAAAGACAGGCCGUCGUCAUCGUGCUGGCUCUAUGAGGUGCCGGUUUGGUCCAUGUACUGUAACGGGAGGAAAGUUGGGUUCGCCGUGAAGAGGCGGAUGAUUGGCGGAGAUGAGGCGGUGCUGAAGAUGAUGCAGUCGGUGUCGGUGGGGGCGGGGGUUUUGCGGGUGGGGGGGAAGUGUGAGGAGGAGCUGAUGUACAUGAGAGCUAGUUUCAAGAGGGUGAUUGGGUCUCCACACUCGCACUCGUUUCACAUGAUUAACCCACUCGGUAGCACUGCUCAGGAACUCAGUAUAUUCCUACUCAGAUCAUGACACUUAAACAUCUUGUAGUAUUUUACUCUGUAUUUAAGUAGCACAUCACUAUGAAUAAAUUAUCUUAGUUUUUAUUCUCUACCUUGUUUAGGGAAACUAGAGCCCUUCAACGAGUGAGGGAUAUCAAAAAAUUUC